GACGGAGCGGCCUGGAUUCCCCCGGACCCUUUUUUUCUUUUUUUUUUUUUGUUCUGAUACCUGAGGCAACGGAAUUUGUUCCCCGCUCUAUAUGUACGCCCGCCACCUCUUUUCCCGCGGGACUUUCCAUCUCCUCCGCACCCAGCGAACAUUUUACCAAAGUCAUAGCAUAUCUGCAGCCAUGGCGGAUGCAGCCCAACAAGCCGGUAACUCAUCCGGCGUCACUGCUGAGUCCAUAAAGGAGACCCUGAUAGCGAAAUUGGGUGCUCAGCAUGUGGAAAUCCAGGAUUUGUCAGGCGGUUGUGGUCAAGCCUUUCAAGCUGUAAUCGUCUCUCCGCAAUUCGAUAAGAAAACUAUGCUCGCUCGACACCGAUUGGUGAACUCGGCUUUGAAAGCAGAGAUUGCUGCGAUCCAUGCCUGGACACCAAAAUGUUAUACCCCGGAACAGUGGGAGCAGUUAAAACAACAAUGAUUAGCGCCGUUAGUUAUAUCGCCACAUAUUGGCUUGCGUUUCAAGAUACGAUGCGCGGCUAUCAAAAUUGCUUGCCCCCGCCGAUGGAACGGUUUGAACCGACUCCGAGCUCGAAACGGGUCAUCGAUUCAACUGAUCGGAUUUGAAUAAACAUGGUCCAAGGUCAAUACAUCCCUAGUGGCUGUGGUUGAUGUAUUUAUAGUCGGAUAUCCUUUGAUAUUUCUGCAUCGUUUUUCGGCGUUUCUGGUGCAUUAGGGGCCAAAGGCUCCUCGAUUCGGCUGGCAAAAUAAAAUUAUUUAGGAGACCACAUGCCCAAAGACUAAUAGAUGAGCUUUAUUUAACUCCAA